AUGGCCAUGAUUGGUGGAGCCAAGAGAGGGGUGGGGCACCGGGAAAUUCGAAUAGGAGAGGCGGAUCUAAGGAGGCAGCUGAGGCGACGCGAGAUGGCGGCGGCGACCGUAGGAGCUGGUCGCUGUCGGCUAAGCAAGGUGGGAGCUGUCCGGCGCCCGCCUCCAGCUCGAGUAAGGGUGGCUGUGCGACUGAGGCCAUUUGUAGAUGGCACAUCUGGAGCAAAUGAUACCCCCUGUGUACGGGGCCUGGACAGCUAUUCUCUAGAGAUUGCCAACUGGAGGAACCACCAGGAGACUCUCAAAUACCAGUUUGAUGCCUUCUAUGGAGAGGGGAGUUCUCAGCAGGACAUCUAUGCAGGAUCAGUGCAGCCCAUCCUAAGGCAUUUGCUGGAAGGGCAGAAUGCCAGUGUGCUUGCCUAUGGGCCCACAGGGGCAGGGAAGACGCACACAAUGCUGGGCAGCCCAGAGCAACCUGGAGUGAUUCCCCGGGCUCUCAUGGACCUCCUACAGCUCACAAGGGAGGAGGGCGCUGAGGGCCGGCCAUGGGCCCUCUCUGUCACUAUGUCCUACUUAGAGAUCUACCAGGAAAAGGUAUUAGACCUCUUGAACCCUGCAUCCGGAGACCUGGUGAUCCGAGAAGACUGUCGAGGAAACAUACUGAUUCCAGGCCUCACGCAGAAGCCCAUCACUAGCUUUGCUGAUUUUGAGCAGCACUUCCUACCAGCCAGUCGAAAUCGGACUGUAGGACCCACUCGGCUCAACCAGCGCUCCUCCCGCAGUCAUGCUGUGCUCCUGGUUAAGGUGGACCAGCGGGAACGCUUGGCCCCGUUUCGUCAGCGGGAGGGGAAACUCUAUCUGAUUGAUUUGGCUGGCUCAGAGGAUAACCGGCGUACAGGCAACAAAGGCCUGAGGCUGAAGGAGAGUGGAGCCAUCAACUCCUCGCUCUUUGUAUUGGGCAAGGUGGUGGAUGCGCUGAACCAGGGCCUCCCACGUGUGCCUUACCGGGACAGCAAGCUCACCCGCCUGUUGCAGGACUCUCUGGGUGGCUCAGCCCACAGCAUCCUCAUUGCCAACAUUGCCCCCGAGAGAUGCUUCUACCUAGACACAGUCUCUGCACUCAAUUUUGCUGCCAGGUCCAAGGAGGUGAUCAACCGACCUUUUACCAAUGAGAGCCUACAGCUUCACCCCAUUUUUCCUGUUAAACUGUCUCAGAAAGAACGGAGGCCCUCCAGAGCAAAGAGAGCCCGAGGCCCUGAGGAAGAAGAGAUUGGGAAUCCAGAAGAGAUUGGGAAUCCUGAGCCCCUUGCGCCUCCAGCCUCUGCUUCUCAGAAAUUCAGCUCCCUACAGAAGCUAAGUAGCAUGGACCCAGCCAUGCUAGAGCGCCUCCUGAGCUUGGACCGUCUGCUGGGCUCCCGGGGAACCCAGGGGACCCCUCUGCUGAGCACCCCAAAGCGAGAGCGAAUGGUGCUCAUGAAGACAGUGGAGGAGAAGGAUUUGGAGAUUGAAAGGCUUAAGUUGAAGCAAAAAGAACUGGAAGCCAAGGUGCGGGCCCAGGAAACUGUGGACCCAAAAGAGAAAGAGAACUGCUCUCCCACAAUGCUCCGACCUCUUGCCCGCCGCACAGUCACAGUGGCUAAGCCCCUCAAAAAGGCUGUGGUGAUUCCCCUACAGUUGAUUCAGGAGCAAGCAGAAUCCCCAAAUGCUAACAUCCAUAUCCUGAAGAAGAAAGGCCGAAAGAGAAAGUUGGAGGGCCUGGAUGCCCCCGAGUCCAAGGAAAAGGCUGAGGACUGCUGGGAGCUACAGAUCAGCCCAGAGCUACUGGCCCGUGGGCGCCAAAAAAUACUAGACAUGCUGAACGAGGGCUCAGCCCGGGACCUGCGCAGCCUGCAGCGCAUUGGCCAGAAGAAGGCCCAGCUCAUCGUGGGCUGGAGGGAGCUCCAUGGCCCCUUCAGCCAGGUGGAGGACUUGGAACGUGUGAAGGUCAUGUCAGGAAAGCAGCUGGAGUCUUUCCUGAAGGCGAACAUCUUGGGUCUCGCCGCGGGCCAGUACGGCAGCCCCUCCUGACUGCCAGCUCCUCUCGUCACUUUGCCUUUUUUUUUUCUUUCCAGUCGUUGUAUAACCGUUUCUUGUAUAAAUACAAUUUUAACUCCGUU